AUGCAGGCAUCCCGGGCAAGACUCUUGAAGGAAUACAAAGAGGUCCAGCGAGAGAGAGUCGCUGACCCGGACAUUCAAUUGGUGUGUGAUGAUUCCAACAUAUUCAAAUGGACUGCAUUCGUUAAGGGACCAUCAGAGACUCCUUAUGAGGGUGGGGUGUUCCAGCUUGCAUUUGCUGUUCCUGAACAAUACCCCCUGCAACCUCCUCAAGUGCGGUUCUUGACCAAAAUAUUCCAUCCAAACGUGCAUUUCAAGACUGGAGAAAUAUGCCUGGAUAUCUUGAAGAAUGCAUGGAGUCCCGCAUGGACGCUUCAGUCAGUCUGUAGAGCUAUAAUAGCUUUGAUGGCACAUCCAGAAGCCGAUAGCCCUCUCAACUGUGAUUCCGGAAAUCUUAUACGGUCAGGCGAUAUGAGAGGAUUCCAUUCAAUGGCACGCAUGUACACAAGGCUCGCCGCCAUUCCCAACAUGGGAUGAAAAAAAUGUACCCUCGGAAAAGACAGCAUUGGAUGUGUUACCAAAGCACUACAGCUCUCAUCAAAGGUUCUGCUUUGAACUGCGUUUCACUCGCACGGAAUUAAAGAGGGUUUUCUUUUAUGGUAAUAUAAUAAAUCAUCAAGACUAAAGAGUUAUGUUUUCUAAUGUUCUUUAUCUUCCAUAUGGAUAUGGUUACCUGAAACGUUUAUACAUUUUAUGUAUUAAAAAAAAUCAAGACUUGUGCGAAUUGUUGGAGUGGGAUUCGAUUUGGGGUUCUGAUUC